ACUCGUCAUUGCUGACAUCGCUAGAAGGGCAAUAUCGUUCACGUCUUUGGCGUUCUUGCAGGACAGUCGACGAACAAUGUCGGGUGGCCUGGAUGUUGUCUCCUCUGCCGACGGGGGCUUUGGGGCGCGGCUGGAUGCCUUUUGCGACAACAUGACGCCCGAGGCAGCGAUAGCCCUGCUCAAGGAAAUCCAAGGCGACAAGCCAGAAAUCCAGCUGAAGUCGCCGACCGAAGCGCACGAAGUGACAGCAAGGUUCGAAGUCCAGCAGGCUGUCACCCUCACUAUUCUGCAACGCGGUCCGCCCCCGCCUCCAACUGCAUGGAGGCAGAUUAUGGAGGAUGCCGACGCGGCGAGCGGGUCGCUGUACGAUGGCGCGGGACCGUCAGAACUCCGGUCAGUAGUUGAGUCUAUGGGAGGCCUGAAGACUGCCACUGGAUUCCCCAUGGAGCAUGUGACCGCGACAAGUCGUGAUCAAUCGAGAACGACGUUUCAGUCUGAGCACAGCGCCGCGCAAGGAUUUUUCAUCUACGGCGCCGCGGAAAUCUCUCCUCUGCAGACGGAAGUUCAGAAUACAGAGCUCGCGCCAGUCGACGAUGGCCUCAACAUAUGGGACUUGCUCCCCGAUGCAUCAGCCUGGGUUGACCAAAUUUAUCUAUCAACGAACAGCACAGAGUUCGAACAAACGCCUGUCGACAGCAACAAAGUGGUUGAGGACGCCGAUCACCCACUACCUCAAAUCUUUCAAAUAUAUCGGCAGCAAGAAGUCCCCCAGGUCCGUCUUCAAGAUACGGCAGGUCCGCAGGAAGAAGGCCAUGCCUUGGGUUUCCAGACAUCCUCUGAGACGGUCAGCCAGCCGAUCUCCAGGUCGCCACCUACCGUCGAUAUACCCCAUGACCCACUUAAAACCUCUGCACGUCCGCUUGCCGCGGCGCUAGCGCCUGAGUUUCACGAUGCUCAGCGAUCCCUGGACAAUUCGCCACCUUCGACUCCGCCAGAGCUCACCUCUGGUCCGACCUCAGAUGAGGACGGUGAUCACAAUCAUAAGCUCGGGACUGUCCGACCGAAAAAGACAAUCAAGCGAAAGAGGUCUGCGGGAGGCGAAGAACAAGGUCUCGCCGAUAGCGUGGAACCCGCAAGGCGCCGAAAGCGCCGGGCGAGCCAGGACUACGCAAAGGAUAUGGAAGCCGCUGGAUCCUCGCUCAUCCAAUUCCCGGUCAAUGCUGUGGCCUUGAAACCGCCUGAAGCGUAUGGUAUCGACGCCAACGCGACCGCGCUCUCUCAGACGAGCGACGGUCAAUCAAUCGGACACAAAAUGAUCAAGAAGGAUUGCCCUUGGGUCCUCGACGCUCGCAAUGCAGAGAAGCGAGAGCCUUGCAACGCGGAGAUCUCCGGCAACGGCCUCAAUGACUUCAUCAAGAACCUCCAGAACCAUAUCUUCAUCGCGCACAACCCUCCCCUGGGAGAGCAAAAUACCAGGCAGCGAUACCUCUGCCGUGCACUUCUUGAUACUGCCGGAAAGGCCCUGUGUCCUUCGCGCAUAACGACUGGGGUACCGUAUCAGUGCCGACUCGCCACGCAUAUCGCGCGCGAACAUCUGGACAUAGACGUGCCCAAGAAUUACAACCCGAACGCGCCAGGCUCUGCUUGAGGAAGAAAUGCGAUGACUGGUGCAAUAUACGCU